AUGCAAAACACGCAGUCAUCACAUACUAACUUCGGUCCAGGAGCAUCAGACCUAUCACAACUCAUGAACACCAUGUGCAACGCGAAUCACAAAGAACCAGUGUUCACGAUGCCAAUAUCGGUCAAACCGAAAACUCGCGAACCGGAUUCGUUCACUGAUAACAGAAUAUAUGUCAGCAACAUACCGUUCUCAUUCCGAGAGCAAGAUCUGGCUGCAAUGUUCUUCACAUACGGCAGAGUUCUCAGCGUGGAAAUUGUCACAAACGACCGUGGGUCAAAAGGGUUUGGUUUUGUAACCCUCGAUUCAAUCGAAUCAUGUGAAAGAGCACGCGCUGCUCUUCACGAAUCUCACGUUCAAGGGAGAAUAAUAGAGGUCAGAAGAGCAACUCCAACCAGAAGGAAGCUCAUCAAUAAUCCACAAAAUGAACUUCUACCCCCUCCGAAGUUGUGUGUCGACCUUCGUGCUCCACACAAUCAAUGGCGAACCGAGCCGAAUAACCAUCUUCCCUUCUUUCACAACGAUGAAAACUCGUCAAGGUUUCCAGCAGCCGGGUUCAUGAUGGCACCUUUCCAGGAUGCGACUCGUUUCACACAAAGCUCCUCCAGAUCUCCGUUUGCUGAGCUCAACUUCAAGCAAGCACCGCUUCGCUGUAUGAAACACAGUGAGCUGAAGUUGUCAUCAGCUGGUGACUAUUUCUGCAAGAAUGGUGAACCAACAACGGAGAACAGUCUACUCAUGUGUAUGCAUGGACAGAACACGUCGUGUCGCAGCAAGGAUUCCACAAACCACGAGUUGUCAGAUGUUGAGCAGAACUCGAUGUUCCCUAACCAUCUUCACGAUCAGAUUACUGCUCUUCUCGACACUUCCAACCAUUACGGAUCUGCCAACAACAGUGCCAGCCAGAAAAGACCUCCGUCUGUGACUUCGUCUGGUUCAGGGAUGAGAUCGUCGGAAAGCGAGCCAGCUUCAGAUGAAGAGCUCCAAUGGACACCCAACUGCAGCCCAGAUCUCCUUGCCUCACUCUACGAAGGAUCGACAUCAUUCCAUGGAAAAUUGGCUUCGCCAAGCAGAGGACCAUCAGCACAUUGA